AUGGAUCAACAAGAACACAACCAACCACCCAAUCUCAAUUCCAUGGUUAACAGCAUGCCGCAGCUGUCGUAUCCACCGAAUGCUUACGACGCGAGGCAGAUGGCUGGAAAUCCUCCCGGUCAGGCGCCAUUGAUGGCGGCUGCGCAGGCCUCGAGUCAAGCCACCGGAGGAGUUCAGCUCGGCGAUCAGCAACAACGCGCUUACCAGCAGAUGCAGCAGCAGCAGCAGCAACAGGAGUUGCAGCAAACGCUUCAAUCCUUUUGGGCAAACCAGCGUCACGAUGUCGAGAAAAUCAACGAGUUCAAGAACCACAGCCUUCCUUUAGCAAGGAUCAAGAAGAUCAUGAAGGCUGAUGAAGAUGUGAGGAUGAUAUCGGCCGAGGCCCCCAUAGUUUUUGCCAGGGCAUGUGAGAUGUUCAUCUUGGAACUGACUCUCAGAGCUUGGAAUCACACUGAGGAAAACAAAAGGAGGACUCUUCAGAAGAAUGACAUUGCAGCAGCAAUUGCAAGAACUGAUAUAUUUGACUUCUUGGUUGAUAUUAUCCCCAGGGAAGAGCUGAAAGAUGAGGGCAUGUUAUCAGUCCCAAGGAAUUCAUUACCAAUGGGAGGACCAUCUUCUGACUCUCUACCUUACUACUAUCCAGUGAAUUCUCAGCAGUUAGCACAGCAGCAGGCUAGAACUCCUCCCGGGAUGACUCCGAAUGGGCCGGUAAUCGAUCCUACUCUGUACGCACAGCCUCCUUUCCCUUACAUGGCUCCCCAGUUAUGGUCAGAUGCACCUCAGCAACCUCAAUCUCCUUCAGAUUCUUGA